AUGAAUAAUGGUAAUUCUGGAGGCACGGAUUUUGUAAAGAAACUGUACAAAAUGUUAGAAGAUGAUACAUAUAACGAUAUUGUUUGUUGGGGGGUUGACGGUAAUAGUUUUGUUGUCAAGGAAAUCGACGCAUUCACGAAAACAAUCCUUCCUCGACAUUUUAAACAUACUAAUUUCGCAAGUUUUGAUCCACGAAUGGGGAGGUAA